CCACUGACCAGUACUCGUGUGUGUGAGCGGAGGAGUUAAGAUGAACGCCAACAAUCGACCUUGGAGACCACCUACCCCUGGUGCUUGGUGGCUUGAUGAUGAUGAUGGCAAAUGUGUCUGCUUGCGCUGCCUUUUUAAUACAGCUGGGACUCCAGGCAUCAAUUGCUACAGGGACUUACCUAGCCAACUCCCAAACGCAGUUAUAAGAUUCGAUUAUGUAUGUGAAUGGAUGGCGAAUGACAACCACCCAUCGUGCCCCUGUACCCCUGUAUUGUACGAUUAUGACUCAGACGGGGAAAGAGAGGCUAAAUAUCCAAAGUAUUCACUGGAGCAUCGGGUUGUUUGGGAUCCAGACGGAAGAUCAGAAAGAUAUGUAAAGAAAACAAAACCAGAAGGAUCUAAUCCUGCUCCUAACAGCUCUACAGUCCAGCAACUACAGUUUCCUUCUAACCCUUGGAACGCUGUGCUUGGUGAAAACAAUGCAAAACCGAUGGAAACUGACAGUGAAAUGGAAACUUAGAUUUUUUAUAACUAACAUUGUAUGAUCUGAAAUCGAACCCAGUGCCAGUUACUUUUAGAGGUGUAUUGACAUAAAUAAAAAAAUAUGAAUUUCAGUAAUGUACAUGAAAGUGAAAAUAAAAUUAUUUUACAUUAUACAACACUUAGCAUUAA